AUGGGUUCGCUACCGGCCGAUCGAGUCAACAUUUCCAGGCCUUUCUCUCACUGCGGCGUCGACUAUGCCGGGCCACUCUCGUUACGUGAGGGAAAGCGCCGCAACGCACGAAUUCACAAGUCCUAUGUCUCGCUUUUUGUGUGCUUCGCCACGAAGGCGGUCCAUUUGGAAUUAGUGAGUGAUCUCACGUCCGAAGAUUUCAUUGCCGCUUUCAAGCGAUUUAUUUCUCGCAGGGGUAGACCCUCGCAUAUGUACUCAGAUAAUGGGACCACCUUCGUGGGUGCUCAAAGACAAAUUCAAGAGCUGUACGACUUUUAUGAUCGUUUGCAAGUUCAAUCCGAAAUUGAAUGUUUUUUACGAGACUUAGCAAUUUCGUGGAGCUUUAUCCCGCCUAACGCGCCCCACUUCGGGGGCUUGUGGGAGGCAGCCGUGAAAUCUGCAAAAUACCACAUGGCUCGAAUCGUAGGUAAAGCUAACUUAACCUUUGAGGAAAUGCAAACAACGCUCUGCGAAAUAGAAGCUAUCCUCAAUUCGCGUCCCAUUACGCCGUUAAGUACAGACCCUAACGAUUUAGCGUACCUUACCCCGGGACAUUUUCUUAUUGGCACGGCAUUAAAUGAUCUUCCUUACUCCGAUUUAACCAAUGUUAAUGAAAAUAAGCUGUUAAGGUGGCAACGCGUAGAGCAAACUCGGCAGCAUUUUUGGCGCGGGUGGAGCAACGAGUAUCUUCACUCUCUUCAAGCGCGAACCAAAUGGAUGACCAAUAAGGGAAGUCAGCUGUCAAUUGAUCAGCUAGUGCUCAUAAAGCAACAAAAUUUAGCUCCGCUUCAGUGGACAAUGGGGCGGAUUCAGAAAGUGCAUCCCGGUCCAGACGGGAUCAUACGCGCCGCAACGGUGAAGACUGCCAAAGGUCUCUACGUGAGGCCACUUUCCAAGCUAGCGAUCCUGCCGAUCGAGGCCUAG